ACCCUCGGGUGCGGUGCUACCAAGUGGCCUUCAAAAUAAAGGCCUCGCCUAAUCACGCCCUUCCACACUGCUUAGCUUUGGUAGAGAAUUUUUUGGGAAAGGAUUAGGACAAUUUAAAGUGUCAUUUCAUCAUCGUGAAAACUUGAUGUAAUGCGCUCUGUUGGGCCUUUAGCAGAAGAUAAGCAGCAAUUUUUAAUCACAAUUACACACGUUCGUGUACGUGUGCAAUUAUACGCGCGCACAAUGCACUGUAAAUAUACAUUUCUGCUUCGGCAAAGGGAAAAUAAAAUACCGUAAAAUGAUACAAUAUUUGUUUUUUAAUCGGAAAGCAUUGUAGUUUGACAUUCAAUAUGAAAAUGACAUUGCGGUAUUUAGGUUGUUUCGCUUAAUCCAAAUACAUCUGUAUCCUUGCGUGACAAGGUUGAUUUUAACCAAUUAUUGUCUAUUUAAAUUAAUACUUUACAAGGAGAUACUACAACUAGCCUUUUAGAAACCUACUUGCUGUACUAUCUCAAUGAGGCAUCCUGUUACCCAACAGCUGGAUUGACAUCCAAGACACUGACACUGAAAAUAUAGCUGCUGCUAAACAUGCAUACGGAAGACGGUUGCAUCUCGACUGCAGGGUCAUGGGUUAAAUCCCAGUCGCACAGAGGGCCGGGCGAAAUGCUCACCACCUACUGUGUUGUGGGCACUAAAGAUCCCGUGACAACAUUUACAAGAGCACGUCUUGUAUUCCCAAUGUGUAAAUUAAUCACAGUUGUUUUACCGGUUCUUUGGUCGGUGCGCUUUUCAAAUCUAGGAAUCGCUUUCCGCUAUCACUUUUACUGCUUUAUCUUCGUCGUCAUGGGAGGAAAUGUUGCAAGUCGUUACACUCGUGCUAGGCGACUGCCGCGGAAUGAUCAUGCUGCUGCUGCAUUGGUAGUGGUGAAGAAUUGACAAAUCAGUUUUUAAAUUGCACCGUGGCCCCUGAAUCGUGACGGGUCAUCAAAUUACGGCGGGUGGGGAGCCACCGUUGCAUAUGUUGUCUUAAUGGCAUUAUAAAGGAGAGGUAAUAAGAACGGGAGAAUAAAAAAGCAAUGCGUGCAAGCGCAUUGCAGCUACUACUGUGCUUUUUUUCUGUGGACGGCACCUGCAUUAUUGCUGAGCCAGGAACGGUGGGAGGGAGGCUCUUACGCAGCAAAGGGCUUGCGAUUCCAGAGGUGUCCAUAGAAGCAGCCCCACCCUGCCCGUUCUCACGCUGUGAAUUAUUAAAAGAGAAGACGACACCCCAUCACCUCCUGCACCCACCCAGCCACCACUAUCCCCUGGGAAACCUAGCCGGUGAUCCACGCCUUAGUUUCACGCCAUCGUCGCCACCGCGUUCCCUGCGAGCACUGGGUAAAUGGACGGCGUUGUUUUUUCACGGAGACUUCCGCACUGAUUAUUUAUUUAUUCCACUGCUCGUCCAUCGCACGCCAGCCCGGCGGAGGGGAAUGCCGCCGCCGCUGUGGGCUCUGCUGCAGAUUUGCGGGGAGGCGUCGCCGUUGUUUGGCGGUCCUGGCCGUCGAAAAUUUAUCAUCAAUUUUGCGGCGGCUCCGGUUGGGCUGGAAAAACCCCGUUUGUGCUUUUGAGGUUUAAUUAUUAGGGAUCGUCCGAGCCUGAACCUUGGCGAGCGUCCGGCGACGAUCGCCAGCCUGCGCGACUGACAGCUUAUAUCGGCUGCCGCGGCUCAUCCUUCACGUCUUCUUGGCGCACCAUGGAAGCCGAUGGAGCGUUACGAGGCAGACGGACCUCGCGUUUGGGCGAUGGUUUUUGCAUCUUCUGUGCGGCCGACGAAGGACUCUGCGUUUCUGGAAAUGUCGGCACGUCCAUUGCCGCAUCUGCGAAGAUCAAUAAAGAAGAGCGAGCGGGCUCUGCAGCAUUGUGAUUUGGAUUUGGUUUAUGUUCUGUUACGGACGUUGAUUGCGGUCUUAGCAUUUUAAAUAAUAAUAGCCUACAUUUUUUUUUUAUCCGCUAAACGACCUGACUUGUCGUGGAAUUGGCAAAUCAACAAUAGCAGCAGCAACAACAUCAACAUCUUGGGAACGAGAUCAAUUGAAAGGGGCGACCAAAUCUAUCGGCCACAUGGUGCUGGGACGCUCGCUCUUCAGCAUGGCCGUCGGGGCCCACGACGCCAGGGACGUGCAGGAGAGGGGGGCAUCUCCGCUGGCUCUGGGGGGGGCAUCUCCGCUGGCUCUGGGGGGGGCUCGGAGGGACAGCGCGGUGGGGGGCGUCCUGGGCAGGGUGCUUCGUACGCGGCACGGCAUUUCCCGCAGCGCACCGCGCCUGCUGUGUAUGCUCGAACCAGGCAUUGACACUCGACUCAAGUUCACUGUGGCGCCGUCACCGGGAGCUGAUGGCUUUCAGCAGUGGUACGAUGCUCUCAAGGCAGUGGCCCGUCUACCUACUGGCAUUUGCAAGGACUGGCGCAGGAGGGUGUGGCUCACUCUGGCUGACCAGUAUCUGGAGAGCAACGCCAUCGACUGGGAGAAGACGCUACGUUUCGCAUUCAACGAUCGCAGCAACCCCGACGAUGAAUCGAUGGGCGCGCAGAUUGUAAAGGACCUGCAUCGCACGGGCUGCAGCGCGUACUGCGGGCGCGAGGCCGAGGGUGACCGCGUGGUGCUGAAGCGCGUGCUGCUCGCGUACGCUCGCUGGAACAAGGCCGUGGGCUACUGCCAGGGCUUCAACGUGCUGGCCGCACUCGUGCUGGAGGUCACCGAGGGGGACGAGGGCGAGGCGCUCAAGGUGAUGAUUUACUUGAUCGACAAGGUGCUGCCCGACAGCUAUUUCGCCAACAACCUGCGCUCGUUGUCCGUGGAGAUGGCCGUCUUCCGAGACCUGCUGCGUCUGCGUCUGCCCGACCUCUCGCUGCACCUGGACGGCCUGCAGCGUGCGGCUAACCGCGACACCGGAGGGACAGGCAGCUACGAACCGCCGCUCACCAACGUGUUCACCAUGCAGUGGUUCCUCACGCUGUUUGCCACGUGCCUGCCCAAGGCAGCCGUGCUGCGCAUCUGGGACUCUCUCUUCUUCGAGGGUUCCGAGGUCAUCCUGCGCGUGGCCCUCGCCAUCUGGGCCAAGCUUGGAGAGCGGAUCGAGCACUGCCGCAGUGCGGACGAGUUCUACAGCGCCAUGGGCCAGCUCACGCAGGAGAUGCUCGAGAAGAACCUCGUCGACUGCAAAGAGCUCAUGCAGACGGUGUACUCCAUGGCUCCGUUUCCGUUCCCCCAGCUGGUGGAGCUUCGAGAGAAGUACACCUACAACAUCACGCCCUUCCAGGCCCACGUGAAGCCUCACGGCGCACACGGCGUGCCGGUGCUGGGGAGCCGGGACCGCGACAGCGACGACGACCUGGAGCUGGAGGACGACGACACCGCCGCCGUCCCGGUCACCUGCCUGGGCCCCUUGGGGGGCCUCUGGCAGGUAGGGACACAGCGGCCGCACGUCCCGAGCCUCAGAGAACACGCCGGGGAGGAGGGCGGCGGUGGUGGUGGGGGCGGCCGUGGCCGCAGCGUAGCCGAGGCGAGCCCGGGGGCCGUGGGCUCGGGCCGCACGGCCGCACACGAGCACCAGGCAGCGCUCAACAGCAUGAUGAUGGAGCGCAUGAGCACCGACAUCCAGGCUCUAACGCGCCAGUACGGGCGCAUCCGUCACCGGCAGAGGCUGCAGACGCACCUGGUGUGCCCUCGUACAGAGCCUAGGCCCAUGCUACUGUCGGGGCCCAGCAUGGAGCCCCCACCUGUGCUCAACCACCUGAUGCUGAGCAAGCAGCUGCAGCGCAAGGCCUGCGAGAGGAACUGCACGGUGGUGCGCGAUGGGGUGGUGGAGUGCGCCACCGCCAAGCGCAGCACGGGCGGACGCAGCCGCAGGAGCAGCAGCGACAGCGCCCCAGGCUCCCACUGCAAGCCGGACAUCCCUGACGGAGCGGGCGAGCACGAACCCCCACCGCACGGUCGCAAGCCGCGCGGUGACACCCGCCCCGACGUCGGCUCCGGCUCCGACGCCGGCUCCGACGCCGGCUCCACCGGCACUUUGGGGAGCGCUGGGGACGAGGGACCCCACCGCUCCGACGGAGUGACCGGGGAGCCCUCCGAGGGCGGCUCCACCAGCACCGUCUCGCCGUCAUCCAGUGGCUGCGGCGGCUACGGCAUCGACGCUUCGGAGAAGCCGGCGAACCCGGACAUUGCCCAGCCCAAGGAGCUCGCGUUGCGGCCGCGUGGACGCGGGGAGACUGCUUCGGACGGCUCGGGUGCGGCGAGUGCUGCGAGUGCAAAGGAUGCUCGGUCUUCGGGUAAAAGCUCUGCGGCGGUGGCGGCGGCGGUCGCGGUCCCGGACGAGCGCCCCGUGGCGGAAGGAGGCAUCUCGCGGCCCGUGUUCGGGGAUGGAGACGAGAGGCGGCCCAAGUCCCGCACGAGUUCGACGUCGUCGGCCGCGAGUGCCCGCUCAGUGGAGUCGCGCGGCAGCUCGGACGCGAGCGAGGGGCGACCCGGCUCGGCGGCGGGGCCACGGGCGCCGGCGUUCAAUCCGUUCCCCAGCGCCAAGACGCCGCGCAAGUCGGCGGCGGCAAAGAAUCUGGGGCUGUACGGCUCGAGCGGCCGAACUGCCGUGCCGCAGAUGUCUCGGCACAACGGACAAGCCAGCGGCAAGGCCGGCAGCUAGGACUUGAUCAGAAAUAUAUAUAUAUAUAAUAUUGAACGGCAAGAUAAAUGGUGACGAUGUUUCCACACUCCAAACGAGUGGUUGGUGGUGACGUUCUCUUGUUUGGCAGUUUUGAGCCAACGAUGGAAGUUCCUCAAUCCUCCCGCGAGGGCCAGUCCCCAUAGCGUCAGCGCCGUUGGUUCCCGUGAAAUGGUACUCUAUAAACCCAGAAAGGAUGAUGGGAUGAAUUGACGCUUGACCAGGGUUGUAACUGGCAUCCUUUCAACGGCGAGUCACGGGUGCGUGUCUGUGUGUAUCUCUGUGUUUCUGUGUGAAGAUUGAGAGCAAGGCUCGAUUGAUAUACACUUCAAUCGAUCUAAUGUCACUCAAUGUUUUCUCAUGCUGCAAUGUAUAUAUACACAUCUAUCAUGGUAAUGAUAAUAUUAAUAUAUUGAGUAAUAAUGAAGCAGUGUCAUUUCUAAAUAAUAGUGUAUUCUAAUAGUUGAAUAACAUUUUAAAAGUCCGUGUCUCCCUUCUCCAAAGAAGAUUGGGGAGCACCCGCCUUCAUUGGUGGUCCAAAGCCAGUGGUGGAAAUCCCACAUUCCUUUAGCGGAGGUCACAACCACUGUUGGCUUCCUCCAAAAUGGUGAAAAAGUGUGCAUAUUUAUGUAAUCCAACUAUCGUGUGAAUUUUACACGAAGAAGACUGGAUGGGUUAUUUACAGUGCUUGUGGUAAAGUCGUGAUGUGGUGGUGUUCGGCACCUUAGAACAUCUAUGACAUUUGUCGCAUUAAAUCAUGAUAGCCCUACCACAUCUCCCGGUGUUGGUAAAACAAAAAAAAUAUGGUUCCUAAAGCACAGCUGUCAACCCAUACGGUUUACCCAUAUUCCUAUACAAGGAAAUUGAAUUUUCAGGCCCAUAUGACGUACAGCCAUUUCAAUACGGAAAUUUGUUUUUUAUUUUGUCUAUUUAGUUUGUGUUUCUCCCUUGUGAUGGGACUUGGUAGGAUGAACGUUGAGAUUUAUAAGGGCAUGGGGUGACCAAUAAGGUCUGAAUUGUUCUGUAAUAAGGUCGGGCACUGAUAAUGGGUUGACAGGUAUGUUCAAAUCGGGUCCCAGUAAUCCCAUAAUACCACUGCCUCCAGUGUGUGAGUGUGAAGAAGAGUACUAUUGUUUAUCAUGUACUCAUGGAUCAUGUCUUAGGAUUAAAUUUUCCAAAAGUUAUUCCUAAAUGAUUCAAAAAAGGAAAGAAUCGUGGACAGUUUGUGUUUAUUAUGAAGAUAGUAGCAACUAAUUCAAAUAGAUGAUGCUUGAAUAGUCAUAGGGUAAAUCAGCCUAUGAUAAUAUGAAGUAUGCAUGGAAUUAAUAGAGAGUACUGUGCUCGACUGUGUUUUGGAAAUGCCAAAUACAGGAUUAGGUUACACCGAGUCCUCGAAUCUCUGGUCAUCUGUAACUAGAAACCAUAAAGUAAAACUAUUCCAACACUUCGUGUCUUUCUACCUUGCCUACUCCUCAAGUAGAGGCUGCUGUGUUUUGUCCAAGUACGAGAGAAAAUAAAAAUGUAAUAUUACAAAAAAUCUUGUUCAUAGCAGAACCAAAGCCUUCAACGAAAAUAUUCGCAUAUCGUGGGAUUUGUCAUAAUAAAGGCAAUAAAAACAUUUUGACUUAAGCUCCAAUGGAUAAUUGUAAACACGAGGCCAACAUUCUAAAAUGACGCAACUCUCAUUGCUGCUCGCGGUUGUGAUGUUUUUCACAUUUCAAUGUCGUCAUUCCAGUAAUGGCCUAGUUAACGAGACAUGGUCCUAGGCCCAGAUGUAGAACAGAGGUUAAUGCAACAAUACCAAGCUGUGCAUGUGAAUUGAAACUUGCUGCUGUUAAGUUUAUAUAUAUAAAAAUACAAUUCAAAGAU